AAGAAGACGAUUCACUAGAUCUCCGGCGUCGGUGAUUUCCUCCACUUCCUUCUUCCUGCAGCUUGAAGACGAAACCUCACUCAAAUUCUGAUCUCUCUGUAUCUAUCGAUCGAGGUUUUCGUAUGUUUCGUCUAGAUCGGUGACUCAGAUGGCGAACUACUUGGCUCAGUUCCAGUCGAUUAAAAAUUCCUGCGAUCGUCUCGUCACCGCCGUGGAAGAUGUACGCGAGACUUCGUAGUCGGUUUCCGCAGGAGCAAUAUUUGUUCUGGUUUCGAGAACCAUAUGCAACUAUUGUUCUUGUCACGUGUGAGGAUCUUGAUGAGUUUAAAAACAUUCUCAAACCACGUCUGAAAUUAAUUGUUCAGAAUGAUGAGAGGGAAUGGUUUAUUGUAUUUGUAUCUAAAGCUCAUCCAAGUAAUGAUCAAGCAACUAAAUCUGUCAAGAAAGUAUAUGCGAAGCUUGAAGUUGACUUCAGUUCAAAAAAGAGAGAAAGGUGCUGUAAGCUGGAUGUACAUGGCCCUGACGGAAAUUUUUGGGAGGAUCUGGAAUUAAAGAUUACCGAGUGCAUCAGGAAUACCUUGGAUAGGCGUGCCCAAUUCUACGAGGAUGAGAUACGCAAGCUCAGUGAGCAGCGGUUUAUGCCAAUAUGGAACUUUUGUAACUUUUUUAUCCUGAAGGAAAGUUUGGCUUUCAUAUUUGAGAUGGCUCAUCUUCAUGAAGAUGCAUUACGUGAAUAUGAUGAACUAGAGCUCUGCUAUUUGGAAACAGUUAAUAUGCCUGGGAAACAGAGGGAUUUUGGAGGAUUCGACAGUGAAGAUGACCAAGCUGUGCUGCUGAAACCAGGAAGCAAACCAUUGACACAGAUUGUGCAAGAUGAUUCUUUUAGAGAAUUCGAGUUUAGGCAGUAUCUCUUUGCCUGUCAAUCUAGGCUGUUGUUCAAGUUGAAUCGUCCUUUUGAAGUUGCAUCUAGGGGCUAUUCUUUUGUUAUUAGUUUUGCAAAGGCCUUGACCCUCCAUGAGAGUGUACUGCCCUUCUGUAUGCGGGAAGUUUGGGUAAUUACUGCAUGUUUAGCACUGAUCGAAGCAACUGCUUCUCAUCACCAUGAUGGAGUUGUUGCACCUGAUAUUGAGAAGGAAUUCUUCCGUCUUCAGGGUGAUCUCUAUUCACUUUCACGGGUUAAGUUCAUGAGACUUGGAUAUCUGAUAGGAUAUGGAACAGACAUAGAAAAGAGUCCACUGAACAGUGCUUGUCUCAGUAUGCUGCCUUGGCCAAAACCGGCUGUCUGGCCAUCUCUUCCACAAGACGCUUCCUCUGAGGUGCUUGAAAAAGAAAAGACUAUUCUUCAAGCAACUACAAAGACCAAGCACUUUGGUAUUCAACGGAAAGCUUUACCUCUUGAACCAUCUGUCCUUUUACGUGUAGCUAACAGAAGAAGGGCUUCUCUGUCUACCGGAAAUAUUCCUGAAAUAUUUGAUGGCCGCCCAAGUUUUACUGAAGGAUCAGGUUUAGAAGCAUCUCCGAGAACCCCUUCAUCACUUAAAGUACAAGCACCUCCCAUGUCGAGAACAAAUUCUUCACCUGGAAAUUUUGAGAGUCCCCUAGAUAGACCUAUGAGGCUUGCUGAAAUUUUUGUUGCAGCUGAGCAUGCUCUGCGACUUACCAUUUCAGAUCAUGAUUUGUUGAAGACAUUGUCAUCUAUUCAGGAUUUUGAGAAUAAAUAUCUUAAUCUAACCAAAGGUGCUGCCGAAAACUAUCACCGUUCUUGGUGGAAGAGACAUGGAGUCGUUCUUGAUGGGGAAAUUGCAGCUGUCUGCUUCAAGCACGGAAAAUAUGAUUUGGCUGCAAACUCUUAUGAAAAAGUUUGUGCCCUUUAUGCGGGUGAAGGAUGGCAAGAUUUACUGGCAGAAGUCUUGCCUAAUUUAGCUGAGUGUCAAAAGAUUCUUAAUGAUCAAGCGGGGUACAUGUCAUCUUGUGUUAGACUACUUUCGUUGGAUAAAGGUUUAUUCUCGUCCAAGGAGCGGCAAGCUUUUCAGUCCGAGGUUGUUACUCUUGCACACAGUGAAAUGAAGAACCCAGUUCCCUUAGAUGUGUCAUCAUUGAUUACGUUUUCUGGAAAUACUGGCCCUCCACUUCAGUUAUGUGAUGGAGACCCUGGGAAUCUAUCUGUUACUGUGUGGAGUGGCUUUCCUGAUGACAUCACCCUUGAUUCGCUUAGUCUUACCUUGGUAGCCACCAACAACACUGACGAAGGCGGCCAGGCUUUAAAGAGUUCCGCUGCAACUGUGCUAAAGCCCGGAAGGAAUACUAUCACUUUUGCUUUGCCUCCACAAAAACCCGGUUCCUAUGUCUUGGGAGUUGUUACUGGCCAGAUUGGGCGCUUGAGAUUCAGGUCUCACAGCUUUUCGAAGGGUGGUCCUGCAGAUAGUGAUGACUUCAUGAGUUAUGAAAAGCCAACCAGACCUAUCCUAAAGGUUUCCAAACCAAGAGCUCUGGUUGAUCUUGCUGCAGCUGUAUCUUCUGCGCUGCUAAUAAAUGAAGCCCAGUGGAUUGGUAUCAUAGUACGUCCUAUUGCUUACUCACUUAAAGGCGCCAUCUUGCACAUUGAUACUGGUCCAGGGUUAAAGAUUGAAGACUCGUAUGGCAUUGAGAUGGAGAGAUACAUGGACACAGAUUGUGAUGCUGGUGCAUCAAAAGCUGAUGUUUUUGUAGAAGAUAGACCUGUCUCUCCAAAACGGGAUUCAGAGGUGCUUAAUCUUUGCGAAGGUAAAAUAGUGUUCUCAGAUUGGGCAAGCAAUGUGAGUUCUAUUCUGUGGGUCCCUGUUCGUGCAUUGAGUGAGAAGCUUGCUAGAGGGUCAUCUUCAGUCACUCCGCUGAAACAAGAUAUUUUAGAGGGAAUGAGAACUGUAGCUUUGAAACUUGAAUUUGGGGUGCAUCAUAACCAGAUAUUUGAGAGAACCAUAGCUGCACAUUUUACCGACCCUUUUGAUGUGACCACAAGGGUGGCAAACAAAUGCAAUGAUGGCACUUUGGUCUUGCAGGUUAUGCUACACUCCCUAGUCAAGGCGAACUUGAUAGUUCUUGAUGCUUGGCUUGAUCUUCAAGAUGGAUUUGUUCAUGGACAAAAUGAUGGAAGACCGACUUCAACGUUCUUUCCGCUUGUUGUGUCUCCAGGAUCUAGAGCAGCAGUCGUGUUCAGUAUAUGCCUAGACAAGACUAUGUCAUCAGAAGGGAAAGAUUUGCAGCUACCAGAGAGCAUUCUGAAUAUCAAAUAUGGAAUCCAUGGGGAUAGGGCAGCUGGAGCACACAAGCCAGUGGAUGCAGAUCACACUGGAACUGAUACUGAAGGGAGAGAUUUGGUGUUCAAGAGUGCUAUUGUUUUGCAGCGUCCAGUGCUUGAUCCUUGCCUCACAGUUGGAUUCCUCCCACUUCCUUCUGAUGGGCUUAGGGUCGGGAAACUUAUCACCAUGCAGUGGAGAGUGGAAAGGCUUAAAGAUCUCAAAGAAAGUGAAGCCGUGGAACAACAACAUGAUGAGGUGUUAUAUGAAGUCAAUGCAAAUUCGGAGAAUUGGAUGAUCGCUGGUAGGAAGAGAGGCCAUGUCUCUCUCUCAGAGGAGCAAGGUUCAAGAGUAGUAAUCUCGAUACUAUGUGUCCCGUUAGUUGCGGGUUAUGUCCGUCCUCCUCAACUCGGGUUGCCAAACGUAGAAGAAGCAAAUGUAAGCAGCAAUCCAUCGGGUCCUCACUUAGUAUGUGUCUUGCCUCCACUUCUCAGUUCUUCCUACUGCGUACCUGUCAAGUAAUAGAAUCUCACUCUUUUAUUUUUUCCAAGAAUACAUUUUUUCUGUAUUUUUAUUUUGUUUGCGAUCAAAGAAAUAUCAGAGUAUUGA